CGAUCAGAGACUAGCGGCAGCGGUGUCAAAUUUCUGCACGACGACAGUGUAACAAAAGUCAUCAAAAAAUCGCCUUUUCCUAGUCGAACACGUGUUUGUUUGUGUGUUUUGUAGCUCCCCAUCACCCAGCUUUGUGUGCAGUUCCAAAGAUCACUUCCAGGUUCGGGAACACCCAUGUUAUAAUCAGCAUGAUCGUCGUUGUCGGAAUAAAACCUGAGAGGGACUAAAGCAAGAAGCAGGGUAGCGGCAAAGUCGGCGGAGAAUUAUCAUUCACUUAAUUUCUGAAGGAUUUACAGAAAUUAACCAGCAUGGGUUGUUGUGGGUCAGCGAGGUAUAUCCCUUAUGGGUCAAUAGUUGCCUCUAUUCUGGUGUAUCUUGGAGCUGGUUUAUUCUGUGGAUCGUGUCUCACGGCACUCAACAGCACUGAAAAGAUGUUUGGAUCGACGGAGAUCGCUAAACUUGCCACAGACAUAAUUUUCUACCUUAAACUGACUGUCUACGUGUUAACACCAGUAAUGGUUUUCUUUGCGUUUCUGUACGUCUUGUUUGGCUACCUAUCGACCAAACAAAGUAAAAUUCAAGUUUACGACAACAGGAACGUGUGCUGCGGAGGAAUGGGCUGCACCAGCCUGGCUCUUUAUGUUGCGUACCUCGUGACUUUCAUGUGGCUUGUUGUAGGUGGUGCGUCUGCCAUCCCAGUUAUCUUUACUUACAUGGUCAGCCAGUACACACUGACAUUCAGUGGCACUAUUGCUGCCACUGAAUGCGUGAGUUUGGAACAGUACGGCUUUGUGAAUUUACCUAGUGAUAUAAACAACACAGAUAUCUGCGGAGUUGAUUUAAAAAACUUUGGAGAAAGAGCUGGUGAGGCUUUUCCGAUGUUCGUCUUACAGCUUGGAGGAUGUUUGCUGAUCAUACUAGGAUUGAUUCACUUCAUGAUGUGUCUGAGUGCAAACUGGGGUCACGUGAAAGACGGUCUCAAGAGACAAGACUAUGAGACCCGAAGAAGGCUUGAGGAGGAGGAACUUAAUGAAAUGGGUCCAAGCUCAGUAGCGAGGGGGCCCCGCGCUAAGGUCUACGACUCCAACAUGUCCCAGCAUUCCUACAAUCCAAACUUACCCCCUAUCGGUGGGUUUGGGGAGCCUGCCAGGCACCCCUCACAGCCCACCAUGUCAACAGAGCGGCUGGUGAACGAUUAUUACUAAGGAAAUAAAAGAGUGGCGACGAGUUCUUUAACGGCCGUUUAAAACCGGCAUGGUCAUGGCCAUGCGAUAAAGACCUACACCCUACAAGGUUUUAAACGGCCGUAUCAGAUCGAGUUGCUACUCUUUUGUUUCAAAUUCAUAAAAGCCCUUUUGUUUGAAAAAGCGAUAAAAGUUAAAAGUAGGCCUUUUGACAAGCUGUGACAAUCUUGUUGAGUGAUUUUUCGAGGUUAGUACAUUAUUCAGAAACUUUUGUCAAAUUCUGUUUUGUGUGUGUUGGGUUGUGUUUUCAAAUAUAUUACGUGCGGGUACUAAUAGCUAUGUACUGCGUCUGCAUAAGUAGAAUGGCGUAAUUAAGCUUGCACUCCAAACACACAAAUCAAGCUGAUCUUAAGAAACUCCUGCUAGGUCUUUAUCAACCGUUUAAACACCCCCACGUGACGUGCUCUCCACCAACAGGAAUAGGGAAUCUGUCUGGGGUAUUUAUGAAUAACAAAUAACAUCUGUAUUAAAGAAGCUACACAGAGAUGGAUUGUACUCAAUAUGGCUUGCCAGAUUGCAGUACAUGUAGUUCUACGUGUAGUAUACAAGCAAGUAAACAAAUCUUAACGUUUGGGCAGGAAGUUAGGGUUGGUUUAGAAGUGGUUUCUGUGCCAGCCUUUCACCUCGCUAAACCCCAGAUCAACCUCAAACUGUUCGCCGCAAAUGUCCCAAUUAGAUCUCCAGUCAUCCUAGACUUAAGUCGUUAAAUGUCUGUCGCAAUUAUAUCGUCACGAGAGCGUUUGGACAAAUGUAUUACCAUUACAAACAUAUUUUGUUGUUUUUUUUCGGGUGCUUCCAACACACAAUAGCUUGGUGCUCUGUUGAAAAGCAAUGAUUUCAAUUUUAUAUGAAAAAGAAAGGACCACCUUUAGCAGAGAACAGGGGUGGGGAAAUCCCUCUUUUAUAUUCUCUCAAAAACUUGGCACUUAUGUUAAUGUUCGUCACAUGUUUCACUAAUUAGCCUCACAAAUAAUUUUUUACCUGUAUGAUAACAGACGGUACAAGUUUUGUGCAUUUUCAAACAUUGGGACCUGACUUUGUUUUCGUUCACGCGUUAAAACAGUACGUGAGACUAGAGUGGUCCUGAAAAAAAUAUUUGAAGAAGCGCGAGACUUGCAUGGUUUUUUGGGUGCACGGGGCUGACGCACAUAACGCUUGACCCUUGGAACACGUCGCAACGCAGUUCUCAAUAAUACGCACCAGUAGUAGGAUAUAAUCUCACCCCAGCACUGGACAAAAAUUAUCCACCCUCUUUUACAGCCCCUUCUCUGUGUGCGCUUGUGACUGCGGUUUAUACGCCGGGCAGUUUAUAAUCCGAAAAAUUACAGUAACCAGCCAAAACGCUAUGUAAUGUACAUGUAUAUACUUAUUGUAACUGGUUCCAAACAAACCUUUUACUGUGAUAUAUAAAUUUUCAAAAGAUGGUUACCAUCUCUCGUAACGACAAAUACUGUGGACAAUUAUUAUAUAAAUGUGUACUUUGAUUAGCGUUAGAUGAUUUUUUUGUACAAAGAGAACUCAAGUUGAGGCUUUAAACUUAUUUUAGAAAAGAGAUUUUUGUAAUAAACUGUUAUGCCUUGAAGUGUUUACAGUAAAAACUUUUAAUUUUAUUUAAUCAGUCAAAUAUUUUGAUUUGAUCCUUUACGACUUUACGAGCGGGUUUUGAACCUGCAACAGUCGGAGCGUAAUAUUGACUGUUAUGAAAGAACAGUUUGUAAGCAACUUUCAAUGUAGGAUUAGAGGCAUUGCAUGGUGAGGUAUCGGUCUCCUCUUGACGAUGACUAGAGCAAGCUAGUCGAAACGU